AUGGACAUCACCAUCUGGAUGAGCAACUACACUGGACAGUCAGAUUUCACCCUGCUGGGACUCUUCAAUCAAUCCAAACACCCUGUCUUGCUUGCUGUGGUCAUUUUUGUGGUUUUCCUGCUGGCCUUCUCUGGGAACGCCCUCCUGAUCCUCCUCAUCCUCUCUGACACCCACCUCCACACACCCAUGUACUUUUUCAUCAGCCAGCUGUCCCUCAUGGACAUGAUGUACAUUUCUGUCACUGUGCCCAAGAUGCUCAUGGACCAGGCCCUGGGGAGCCACAGGAUCUCAGCUGCUGCCUGUGGGAUGCAGAUGUUUCUCUACCUGACCCUUGUAGGUUCCGAAUUUUUCCUUCUGGCUGCCAUGUCUUAUGACCGCUAUGUGGCCAUCUGCCACCCACUCCGUUAUCCUGUCCUCAUGAACCACAGAGUGUGUCUCCUCCUGAUGUCUGUCUGUUGGCUCCUGGGAAGCUUGGAUGGAUUCAUGCUCACUCCUGUCACCAUGACGUUUCCAUUCUGUAGAUCCAGGAAGAUCCACCACUUCUUCUGUGAGGUCCCUGCUGUGACAAAGCUCUCCUGCUCAGAUACCCGGCUCUAUGAGACUCUCAUGUACCUGUGCUGUGUGCUCAUGCUUCUCAUCCCUGUGACAGUCAUUUCCAGCUCCUAUUUGUCCAUCCUCCUCACUGUUGUCAGGAUGAACUCAGCAGAGGGCAGGAGGAAGGCCCUUGCUACCUGCUCCUCCCACAUGGCUGUGGUCAUCCUCUUCUAUGGCGCUGCUGUCUACACCUACAUGCUCCCUGCUUCUUUACAUACCCCUGAGAAGGACAUGGUUAUGUCUGUGUUUUACACAAUACUUACCCCUCUGUUGAACCCACUAAUCUAUAGUUUUAGGAACAAGAAUGUCACAGAAGCUAUGAAGAAAUUGUUGGGCAUGAGACCCAUCUUUCAAGAAACAACUAAGUAA